CUCCAAAUUAUUUCUCAAUUUCUUCCCAUCAUCAAUCCUACAUCCUUCAAGUCAAAAAGCAUCACUGCAACAUUGCAAACACCUCAAAGAACAACAUCUACCUCAAUUUCCAAGUCAACAACGGCAUCUAUCCAACAACUUUGAGAUCUCUGGAUAUUGUACACAACGGCUUCUACCAAUUUCACCUCAAUGGCGAAUAUUCGAAGCACAACUCAACAUCUUUACAAAGGCUCACAAUAUGAGGCCAUCUCCCUCGUUCGACAAGCCCUGGGUCUUCCUUCAUCCAAAAUCUCAGACAAAAAGUACAACGUCAAAGACGCAGUCUUCGUCUCCAUCGACUUCGAAAAUGUCCAGAAGCUUAUCCAGGAUCCUGAUGAGCCAUACCUAAAAACGCAAAUGGGAGUCUGUAUUCUCGACACUCAAAAAAUCAGCACAUCGCCAGCCGAUACAGUUCUCCAAACCUACAACUUCACCACCGGCCUCUGGACAGACCGGGACGAUCAUUUCUCUUUCGGUCACACCGAACUAUCAACUAUUCGACAACUCACUUCUGAGCUCGAAAAUCUCAUCGACAGAAAAAGAAAUAUCAUUCUUCUUGCUCACAGCAUUUCCUGCGAGCUCACCAUCCUCAGAAAAUUGGGCUUUGAUCUCGACACCGGCAUCUCGGCGAUCAUCGACACUCAACAAUUUAUGAGAGAAAUCAUCCCAACUGAGGACGGAUUGGUCAAAACUCUCGAGUCCUUGCUCGACAGCCUGGACAUCAAACACAAAAAUCUGCACGUCGGAGGAAACGAUGCAAACUUCACCAUGAAAGCACUCAUGCUACUCGUCGUCAGCUCUUUCAAGGACGACUUGAAGAAAAACAACAUCUUGGACGAAAAUGUCCGAGAGAGACUGCAACAUAUCGGCAACAUCGGAAAGGCAAAAAUACCAUCAGAAAAGGUCUCGAGUCCUCGACUCGCAACCAAACAAUCACCUCUUCAGGCCUCGCUUGAAAAAACCGCCGCCGUUCUUCAGCACAAAAUCACUCAGGCUUCGUUUCCAAGCGACGCCGCCAUUCUUGACCACAAAACCAAACUGUUGAAGCAACUCCAAAACCUGCAAAAAAUUCCCGGCCAGCAACCACAAGGCCAGCAACCAUUGCCAACAUACCAACAAUAUCCAGUUCAAUCUUGCCACGUCCAAGUUCCGUACGGAUAUCAAAACCUCGGCAUGCAUGCGGCAUAUCAACAAAUGCAGUACCAACAAGUCAUGUACGUCUAUCAAUACGCAAUCUAA